CUUCAAAUGCUGGAGCCCAAUAUCUUGAUCUUGGAGCCAAAAUUAUCGUACGACCAACAAUUCCUCUCUCUUCCUACCUACCGAACUCGCUUAAAGCAAAACAUCAUCAUCAAUGGCGUCCUCAAUUUUACUCUCACUCCCAUUUCUCUCUCCUCCAUUCCAAAAGCCUAAACCCCCAAAUUUCAAACCCUCACUUUCCCUCUCCCAAAAAUCAAUUUCCCGGCAAUUUAUCCACUCAAUUUCACUCACUACCUCAAUCAAAUGCACUCCAAAAAUUCCGCUGCUCCAACAAUGGAAAUUACUCGCCGGAACUUCCUUCGGAGACUCCGAUGACGAAGAAACCGACGCUUUUCUUGUCGGUGAAGAUUCCGCGGUUUUCGAAUUAAGUAGUCAGAAACUAAUUUCUUGGGUUUACUUCGCUGUGAUUUUAGGAGUUGUGUUAUUCGCGCUUAAUUUUCUCUGGAUUGAUAAUGCGACUGGAUUUGGCAAGUAUUUUAUUGAUGCCGUUGAGAGUGUUUUUCAAAGCCCUGAGUUGGUGAUGCUCAGUCUUACUAUCAUAUUUGCUGCUGUUCAUAGUGGACUAGCUAGUUUCAGGGAUGUGGGCGAGAAAAUUAUUGGAGAACGUGCUUUCCGUGUGCUAUUUGCAGGAGUUUCUCUUCCUAUAGCUGUUAGCACUGUGGUCUAUUUCAUCAACCAUAGAUAUGACGGGAUACAGUUAUGGCAGCUUCAAAGUGUUCCCGGGUUACAUCAGCUUAUGUGGUUAUCUUCUUUCGUCUCAUUUCUUUUCCUCUAUCCUUCUACCUUCAAUUUGUUAGAAGUAGCAGCAGUGGACAAACCCAAAAUGCAUCUUUGGGAAACAGGAAUCAUGAGAAUUACUCGCCAUCCACAGAUGGUUGGACAGGCGAUCUGGUGUUUAGCUCACACAAUUUGGAUUGGAAACUCUGUAGCAGUUGCUGCCUCCAUCGGCUUGAUCGGACAUCACUUAUUUGGUGUUUGGAACGGGGAUAGACGGUUGGCUUUACGAUAUGGGGAUGCUUUUGAGACUGUGAAGAAACGCACUAGUAUCGUUCCAUUUGCUGCGAUAAUUGAUGGACGGCAAAAGUUACCUAGAGAUUAUUACAAAGAAUUUAUUCGCCUUCCUUAUUUGGCGGUGACAGUAGUCACCGUGGGCGCUUACUUUGCUCACCCACUAAUGCAGUCAGCCAGCUUCCGACUUCACUGGUAGGGAUAAGCUGGUUGUUCUUCCGAUGAGGUGCUGACAAGUUUCGUGAUGUAUUUAACCACCGGUUCAACACCAGCAGUGAUAUUUAAGAGUACGAUUAUAGCCGAGCAUUGCCGCUGGAUACUUCUGUCAUUUUUGCAAUACUUGAUACCAUCUUUCUUGGGCUUUGUUAUAUGGACUCUUCAUUUUGCCCCGAGCACUCGUGACUCAUGUCUCGUGUCAGGUUUAGAGAGGUGCAUGUUAUAAGUUAUAAGCAUGAGCAAAGUAAAUUUUAUAUGAAUUGUAUAUUUGUAAAAAAGAUAAAAUGUUUGGACUCGAGCAUUCUUAGAAGUUGUGUUUAAACAAUUUUUGUCUGUAAUACGAAUUAGUUAUUGAAAAUUUUUGCUAUUGUAAUUUUGCAUGAUGUAAAACUCCUCACAAAUAUAUUAAAUGACUUGGGUUUGAUUUUCAAUACCCUGACACUCA